ACAACCCUGGGAAUCUUUAAAGCUUGUUUUAUUGCCAAGGACAUGCAGCAAGAUCUGCAUUUUGCUGUCGUAAACUACCCUUUAUUUAAGACUUUUUCAAACAGAAGAGACUUUUAUAUGGGUUUUCUUUGACUGCUGAAUCGUCAACAGGUGGCAUUGACUGCAGCUUUGCACACCUAAAUGCAAGUUUUUACCAGCACAACAGCCGAAGCCGACACAUCCAUUAAGCCUGCACCUGAGCAAGAAGCAGCUUCUGUUGUCUGGAAGAAAAUCAGCUCUGGAGAAAUGGAAUUAAGGUCCAAGGAUGUGCACUGAUUCUUAAAAGAAAACAAAUGGAACUAAAACUCUUCUACCUUCCACCCUGCAUGAAGAGACACUCUCGAUGAAAGGCUUUAAUUAGAGAGAUUCAAGUACCAUAAUGGUAAAAAGAUUCCUACAUGAUCUUAGGGCAUACAGGAACUGCAAAUUCUGUCAGUUGUAACUUACAUGGUGUCCUGUGACAAAGCAACACAACUAAGACAUUUACUAUUUGUACUGCUAUAUUUCAGUCAAUUUUAACUCUAAUUUGGCUUCUAAGGAAUCUGAGUUUCCUAUACAAAAGUGUCCAUCUCCUUCCACUCGAUUCAAAAUGCUUACGGUGAACUUACCUGAAAACAGCCCCAAACCUGAUUUUUCCGGCAUUACCACCAAACUGUGAGUGCUAGUACCUUCUCUGCAGAUAUUUUAACCAUGGAAACUUACUCUGCCUCAAUAGCCCCUGCUAUAUGUAACAGCACAACUUUUAACCUAAAUGGAUCCCACUUGUGUAACGAAAGCAUGUCUUCGAGACUAGCUGAUAAAUCAGAACACCAACAAUACGUUAUCGGUCUCUUCUUAUCAUGUCUUUACACAAUCUUUCUUUUCCCUAUUGGUUUUGUAGGAAACAUUCUGAUACUGGUUGUCAACAUAAGCUUUCGUGAAAAAAUGACCAUUCCAGACCUUUACUUCGUAAAUCUCGCAGUAGCUGAUCUCAUUUUAGUUGCAGAUUCCCUCAUUGAGGUUUUUAAUCUGGACGAAAAGUACUACGAUAUCACUAUCAUUUGUACCUUUAUGUCUCUGUUCCUUCAGAUCAACAUGUAUAGCAGCAUUUUCUUUCUGACAUGGAUGAGUUUUGACAGAUACAUAGCACUGGCCAAAGUAAUGAGGUCCAACAUAUUUCGUACUAUGCAACACGCUAGAUUAAGCUGCGGGCUCAUAUGGAUGGCGUCCAUCUCUGCAGCGCUAGUGCCGUUUACGGCCGUGCACUUACAGCACACCGGAGAGGUCUAUUUCUGUUUUGCAGAUGUAAAAGAAAUCCAGUGGCUAGAAAUCACCUUGGGGUUUAUUAUCCCCUUUGUGAUCAUCGGUCUUUGUUACUCAUUAAUUGUCCGAGUCCUUAUAAAAGCACACAAGCAUCGGAGUCUUCGGCUGCGGCGACAAAAGGCUCUGCGAAUGAUUUUUGUCGUGGUCCUGGUUUUCUUUAUCUGCUGGCUACCUGAAAACGUCUUCAUUAGUGUUCAGCUCCUCCAAAAGAAAAGCGAGCCUGCCUCUUCAAGCAGCCCAUCCUUCAGACAUGAUUACCCUUUGACAGGACACAUUGUGAACCUAGCAGCUUUUUCUAACAGCUGUUUGAACCCCUUGAUUUACAGUUUCCUCGGGGAAACCUUCAGAGACAAACUGCGGCUCUACAUUGAGCAGAAAACAAAAAUGUCAACGUUGCAUCGCUUCUGCCAGGCUGCCCUGACGUCUGUCAUUCCUGACAGCAAUGAGCAAUCUGAAGUCUGAUCUAGUGGUGGCUGUCUUUAAAAAGAUGUGACUGUGAAGUUGUGCAAACAGUGAACAAAAUGCUUGCUACUAACAGAAGUGCAUGCGGGUGUAUAUAUGUAGUAUCCCUCUACUGAGUAUUGACAGUUUAUAUUCAAAAUGUUUUUAUGACAAGACCUUAAUGUAGAAGAGUAUGUUUUAGUCAGAUUUAUAUUUAAUUAUGAACAGGAUUAUUAAAAGCUGAGCACUGACAAAGCUUUAUUUUGGAUUAUACGUGUACAAAUGGCAAUAUAGAAGGAAAUUUUAUCAAGUUAGGAAGACUCCAGAUGUAACCUGAUUACCAGAGAUGCUACUUUGCUGGUGUAUAUAUAAGGUACUUCCACUGAAGUAAUGAAGCUGCUGUAACAGUGGAGGGGGGAAAUCAUUACAAUGUAUUGAUGUGGAGAUGCAGGAAGCAUUGAUUUUUUCAUUUGUUAUUCUUCCCCCCCAAAUAUGUUAAGAUAAAUGACUUCACUGAAAAGAACUACAUAAUACUGUUGUCACUGUAUUCUAGCAUGUCUUCCACAAUUAACAUCUUUUGAAUCUUAAUAUAACCUAGCACGGUGGUGAAUUUGCCUCUCAUAAAUAAUCUACUUGAUCAAAACUGAAAUAAUCUGUAACUAUAUUGCUCAUCUCAAGAAAAAAAAAAAGAGCUUCACAGAAGUACAAUGUAAUGCUUCAUUCUGUCUUCUAAGCAUUGCCCAAGACCAUCUUUCCCAGGAUAGGCAUAAUUGGGCCUUUUGUCAAAAGUGGCAGCGCAGAUGCACAA